AUGAAAGUUUUGUACGCGUUAGUCCUCUGCUGUGUGGUUGCAGCCAAUGGCCAGGCUAUAAGUAAUUCCAAUGCUAUAGCCAUAUCAAAUUCCCAAAGCUUGGGUGGUGGUUACGGUGGUGGUUACCCAGGAUACGGAGGAGGUGGCGGAGGAUUCCCAGGAUAUGGUGGCGUUUUCCCUGGACUUGGCUAUGGCGGCGGCAUUGGUGGAGGACGUUUUCAUAGACGUCAUGGCGGCUUCGGUGGUGGCGGCAUACCUUAUGGUGGCGGCGGCUAUGGAGGCAUACCCUACGGUGGUGGCGGUUAUGGUGGUGCCAGUGCUAACGCCGUUGCUAUUUCCAAUGCUCAGAGUCAAGGAGGUUAUGGAAAAUAA